CCCUCCCCUCCGCUCCAAAUCCUUAUUGACCACACAUUCCCACCCGCUAUGGGGCGAGGCACUUUUUUUUCUUUUCUUUUUUUGGGUCGCCUUUAGCCGAUUUGCGCUCUUAGCUGUGCUCCACCAAGCAUGUGGACGAUCUAUUUGUGCUCGGCUCUCGUCGCGGCUGUGCCCCUGGUCGCCGUGACGCUGAACCGCCUUUUCCCGUAUCUCCGCGCGGAUAUCUUGUACGUCCGAGACCUCGCGUGGCUUCUCCUCAAGUUCGCGAGGAGGAGAGCCGCCUUCUUCGCCGUGGACCGCUUUUUGGAGCAGGCCGCGGCGCGUCCGAACAACCCUUUCGUGGUGUUCGACGAUGACGUCUACACGUUCGCGUCGACGGAUCAGAAGAGCAACCGGGUGGCCAACGCGCUCCUCGCGCACCCGCGAUACGCACCCGGGGACCCCGUGGCCCUGUUCGUGCCCAACGAACCCGCCUUCAUGUUGACCUGGCUGGCCUUGGCUAAGCUGGGCUCCCCGGUGGCUCUGCUCAACUCCAACAUCCGCAACAAGUCCCUGCUGCACUGCUUCGGCUGCAGCGGCGCCAAGGCGCUCAUUGCGGCUGCAGAGCUGAAGCAAGCGGUGGAGGACGUUCUGCCGUCUCUUAAAGAGCAGGAAGUCCUCGUGCUCCUGAUGGUCCAGAGCUGCGACACGCCGGGCAUCGAGAGCUUCUCUGACAAAGUGGAUCGAGCGUCCGACGCCGCCAUUCCGUCCUCGCUCAGAGCACACAUCACAUACAAAAGCCCUGCGGUUUAUAUUUAUACAUCUGGGACCACGGGCCUGCCCAAAGCGGCGGUGGUCAACCAGAGCCGCCUCCUAAUAGCGCUGGCUGUUUUAUCUGCAAAUGGUGUCGUUUCCAGCGACGUCAUUUACCUCAACUUGCCUCUGUACCACACAGCGGGAUUCUUCAUAGGCUUUAUCGGCGCCAUUGAGACAGGGUCCACAAUUAUUUUGAAGAGGAAGUUUUCCGCUUCCCAGUUCUGGGAUGACUGCAGGAAGCACAACGUUACAGUCGUGCAGUACAUCGGAGAAGUGAUGCGCUACCUCUGCAGCACACCCAAGAGAGAAAACGACAAGGACCACAAAGUCAGACUCGCCAUUGGAAACGGAAUCCGAGCGGAGAUAUCGCGGGAGUUUCUGAACCGCUUUGGGAACAUUCAGAUCAAAGAGUUUUAUGCUUCCACCGAGGGAAAUGUAGGAUUUAUCAACUAUGCAGGGAAGAUUGGAGCCCUUGGAAGAGCCAACUUUGUACACAGGAAACUGUUUCCAUACAGUCUCGUCAAGUAUGAUACAGAGUGUGAUGAGGUGGUUCGAGAUGCUAACGGUCUCUGCGUUGAGGUGCCGAAAGGCGAGACAGGACUGUUGGUUUCCAAGAUUACCAACAUAGCUCCUUUCGUCGGCUACGCCCAGAAUGAAGAGCAAACUGAGCGCAAAAGACUCCGUGACGUUUUGAAAAAGGGAGAUCUGUACUUCAACAGCGGAGACCUUAUGAGGAUUGACAAGGACAACUUCAUUUACUUUCAGGAUCGUGUAGGUGACACAUUCAGGUGGAAAGGUGAAAAUGUGGCUACAACUGAGGUUUCUGACAUCCUCACACUGACUGAUUGUCUCAAAGAAGCCAAUGUUUACGGGGUCCAAGUACCAGGACAUGAGGGACGCAUAGGAAUGGCCACCGUCACUGUGAAAGAAGAGGCCCGGUUCGAUGGAAGUAAAAUAUAUAAUCAUGUGGUUAGCUACCUGCCUGCGUAUGCUAGGCCACGCUUCAUAAGGAUAAAGGAUACGGUGGAGUUGACGGGGACGUUCAAGCAAAUGAAAAUGAAGUUAGUGGAGGAGAAUUUUGAUCCAGGACGAAUCGAGGACCCCCUGUACAUCCUCGAUGACGAGCACAAGAGUUAUGUGCCUCUGACAGCUCAGGUCCACAGCGCCAUCAUAGCAGGAACCAUGAAGCUCUAAACCAGUUCUCCCGUCACUGUGCUGGCUUUGCAGUGUGACUGCAGAGGUACUUAUAUUGAACAUCCAGCUCAGGGAUCCUUAAAUGCCUUUUAACAAAUGAAUGUAUGUGAAACCGUGUGAGAGUCAUGCUCAUUACGAGCGGUGAAUGGAAAUAAAUUGUACAUUGCAUAUAACAAAUACCAGCAAGUUCUCAUGAAAAGUCAAUAGUUUACUUGAAAAGUGAUGCCCAGUAAUUAUGUUUACAGAUUUGUUUUUGAUCAAUCUCCACAUUGUGUUGAAACGGACGGCAUCCGUCAGAACACGCAUCAGUAAAGUGUAACCGGAUAGAUUAUAAGAUGCACGUGUGCAUGUGUCAUCGGCGUGCAGCGGUGCUUUGAGAUACAAGUGACCCGACGUACGAGUUUUUCGAGAUACAAGCCAUCGUUCAGAUGAUUAUUUUUUAUUUGUUUUGCUUUGAUUCGCGAGCGCAAACUUGAGAUACGAGCGCUGUGUGGUGGCAGCGACUGAACUCGCUUCGCAACAAGCAAGUUUUGCAGGUAUAAUUAGUCAAUAUUUUUUCUCUUUCUUUCUUUUUGAUGUUUCAUUUCAAACUAAACAUAAAACAAAGACAAUUACACACUGUGUAUUUAAAACAACCACAUAGCUUAGCCUUUAGCAUAAUGCUAAUGCAAACACAUACUGUAAUAAGAAAUGCCAUAGUCACAGGCUAACGAUGAGCAUCUAUCUGGCGGUGUUCUCACGCUUUAAACUACACAAACGGAGCAGCAACAGAUUUAGACAGACAAUAUAAAUACAAGCAUAUAUUCUUUAUCCUCUGUGAAGAACAACUAAUAUUGCUGCCAUACUGAGAAACUGAGACUGUCUCGAUGUACAGCAUAUUCGUAUGUCUGCAUUAUACUGCCCCCAGGUGGCCAAGUCUCGCUCACCAUAUUGUGCAUUGGAAAAGUGUGGCCAAAACUAUAUUUUUAAUUCUAUUUAAUAAUGUCAUUAAAUUGUUUUAUAUAUUAUAAUAUAAUAGUGAUUUUUUUUUUUUUUUAAUUCUUCACACUUAAUGUUUUUUUUUUGUUUUUUUUUGUGAGUUUGGGACAGAUUAAUGGCAUCGUAAGUGUAAAGAAAAUGAUCUACACGCUUGGAAAAAAAAAAAAUCAUUAGUGUUCCUGUGCUAAAGAAAUGAAUCUCACAAAAGUUUAUUCAGUGACCAUUGUCGGGGUUUUCCGUCUUUAACAGAGCGCUUGCAACAAUGUUGUCCUCGUGUGUGUAUGCAGUAUAUUGAUAUAUUAAAACAUUGUUUUCCAAAUGUAUAUUGUUGUUACAUAUAUAUAUCUAUAUAUAUAGAUAUAUAGAUAUAUACAUAUAUGGAUAUGGAAGCAUGUAACCAAUAAAUACCUGGCAUGUGUUUUU